AUGACUGCGGGUCCAUGUAACAGAGCUCUAAUUGUAUUACAGGGUGACAAAGGAGGAGAGAGGGUGCUGCAGAAGAAAUGGACCACCUUCCUUAAAGCCCAGCUCCUGUGUUCGCUGCCUGACGAUGGCUUCCCCUUCAACAUCAUCCAGGACAUGUUUGUGUUGACGCCCAGCCCAGAAGACUGGAAGAACACUGUGUUCUACGGGGUCUUCACUUCACAGUGGUGAGGACAGAGUUAACAUGAUCACUUACACAGCAUGCAAGAGUGUAUAGGCCCAUUGCUUUGGGUAUUGAAAGCUUCAGUGUCUGAGUUAAUAUUUCACUCAUCUCCACAUAAACAUUUCUCUAUACAACAACAGCUCACUGUCAGUUUAUAGCAGAUUAUUAUUGACCCAGUCAUGGGCAAACAGCCACAUCUCCAUUCCUUCAGUUCGUCUUUGGUGUAUUUGAGACAUUAUUAAUCAAGUACUGCAUAUUAGUUCAGCACCACUGUCAGAGUAAAGAAUAGGAUGACUUUGGGAAAGCGAUUUGGGGGAAGACGAACAUGUAGUAGCCUCACUCCUGUGUGAUGUGGUGUUAUCCCAGGUAUAAAGGGGCCUCUGGCAGCUCAGCAGUGUGUGCCUUCACCAUGGACCAGGUGGAGAGGGCCUUCAGCGGCCGUUACCGGGAGGUCAACCGGGAGACCCAGCAGUGGUACACCUACAACCACCCUAUCCCCGAGCCACAGCCUGGAGCGGUGAGUUACCACUGCCCUCUGCUGGGCAGCUUACACAGUUUAAGUCAGUGGUUCCCAACCUUUUGGUCACUGUACCACCAACUGAAUUUUGCUUUUCCCGGAGUGCCCCUAAAGUACCUCCUCGUGCAUUUUACCAUUAGGCGUAUGGUCUCAUGAGUCUUCUCAAGUAUCCCCUGUGGAUAGGCCAAGUACCCCCAGGGGUCCCAGUACCCCUGGUUGGGAACCACUGGUAUAAGUAACCUGCAGGAGGCUAAACUAAGCCAACCAUGUGUUUGCAGAUCGGAUGUGUUCUAGCCUGCCUCUCAGUCACAUCACCAAUCUGGACUGAACAUCAGUGAUUAAGCAGCUAUCUGUCUCUCUGCUGUCACUAGCAGACCUCUUCCCAGAAGGCCUGAUGUUAUCAAAGCUGCUGCUGCUACGGCUGCUUUCAUUUCCUGGCAGACUUAUCACGGACACAUCAAAUCAAAUAAUCAACUGAAGGAUACAAACACAUAUUGAUGAGGAUAGGCAGGGGGGAGUAGUAAGCUUGUGUAGUGUGUAUUGUUGCCCAGUGUGUGCUUAUGAGACUCCCUGUGUUCCCUGUACAGUGCAUCACUAAUGCAGUCCGGGAGCAGGGCAUCCCCUCCUCUCUGCAUAUGCCUGACAAGGUACUGAACUUCGUCAAGGACCACUUCCUGAUGGACAGUGUGAUCCGCAGCCAGCCCCUCCUGCUGAAACGCAGCAUCCGCUACACCCAGAUAGCUGUCCAACGGGUCCAGGCCAUCCACAAACACUACAAUGUGCUCUUCAUUGGAACAGGUACUGUAAACAGGCUCAGUCGACAUAACUUAUCCCCUUUCCUGUUCUGUAUGAGAGGCAGAGCUAUAGCAUACAUUAACCAUCCACUGCUCUAUCAUAUGUCUCUGGCAGAUGACGGGAGACUCCACAAAGCCAUUAAUGUCAACAACAAGAUGCACAUCAUUGAAGAGAUGGUGCUUUUCACUGACCCCCAGCCUGUACAACACAUUGAACUGGAUUCUGAAAAGGUACAGUACAGAGCAGGAAAUCAGUUUAUUUCUGGAGCAUGUCCUCAUAGUGGGAGUAAUAAUGAGCUCACUAAAUGUCAGCACUGGCAGCUUAGGGGUCCCAUGAGCCGUGAAGAGAGCCAGAGCCUAAAGGGGAGCUCAGCUCACGUUCAUUGAGAUAAUUGCAUGCAACUUCCUCUCAGGGGAACUGAAAGAAAUUAGGUCCUGUGUUACUCUAUAUUGUUGCUCAGUUUGUUCCUCCAGCAUUGGGUUCGUCGAGGGUACGGUGUUGAUAUUGUGUUAAAGAGAGGUAACUGUCUGUGAAUAUGUGACCCAGAUACCUAUUCCUCCCUGGCCCCUGACUGACUGUCUGGUGGUCUCUCCUCUACAGGACCUGCUGUUUGUGUCCUCCUACUCUGGCCUGGUGGAGGUCCCUGUGGCGAACUGCUCCAACUACCAGAGCUGUGGAGAGUGUGUCCUGUCCAGAGACCCUUACUGUGCCUGGGAAGGGAGGCAGUGUCUGAAUGUCAGGCUGGCUCCACCAGAUAGGUAUGUUUGCCCCAGACCACCAGCCUCCAUACAUUACAUUUCCAUGGUCCACUCAUGGACAUGUAGGUGUUGCUCAUCAAAGAGAUACUAGCCUUGUAUUAGCAUGAUACCAGAUAAUGGUAUAAACUAGUUAGAUGCUAAGCUCUCAUAAUGACUGAUAACUUUUCGGAACAUUAGAGCACACCAAAGAAAAAGUGACAAUACAGCACAAUGCUCAAUACUGUCUGCUUACAGUACAUGCUGUAUGUGCAGACUCCCACUGUAGUCUGUUAAGACCUGCUAUGUGUAGAUUGAUGGUGUCAGUUAGAGGUUCUGAGCAGUUCUGAGACACCCAUUUGUCUGAUUUACCAUUGUGUCUGUGUUCUCAGCCACUGGCAGCAGGACGUGGACGAGGCAGACACAUCCGUUAUCUGCAAUAAGACACAGCCCAGCCCUCGCUUUGCUAAACCCCCACCCACACGUAAGUACUGUACCACACCAUUAGUUCCUGCUGGACUAAAUCCUCUCAGCUCUAAACUGUACCACUGUGCUCUACUCUGGGACUGCUGCAAACGCCACAUUUACAUUUUGAUGAACAUUUUAUUCCAAUGUUCCCUACCAUGAUUAUCAAUUCCAAGCUAAUUUAAUUUGUUCAUUCUCAUCACAGUCCUACUCAGAUACCACACUGAUAUAAUAAUGCAGUUUUUUUUAUCUACCUGAGAUGGACUUGCUUUCACAAAUGAAAAAGCCCUUUCUCUUGUUGUCCGCAGGGAUGUCUUCAUGCCAGGUGAUAAUGAUCCCAGCCAACAUGUUCAAAGUGCUGCCCUGUAAGCUGCGCUCCAACCUGGCUGAGAGGAGGUGGGAGUACAGUGAGAGUGCAGGUCACUUCCUGUACCCAAGUCCUGAGGGAGGUCUAGUGGUGGUGGCCCAGGCUGACAGACAGGAGACCUAUGAGUGCUGGUCAGUAGAGGAGGGCUUCAGGCAACUCCUGGCCAACUACUGUGUGAGGGGAGAGGCCAGGAAGGAGAGCACCACCCUCAUUGGCCGUUCACACACCCCUCUGGUCUCACAGGAGGAGCCAAUCAUCCUACCUGGAGAGACCCGCUCCCCACAGAUCAACACCAAGACCUACUGGAAUGAGCUCAUUGUAGUGUGUGCCCUGUUGGGCUUUUCCCUGGUGGUCUUUUCCCUGUUUGCGGUCUACAGGAACCACAACCGCAUGAAGUCCAUGCUAAAGGAGGGUGAGUGCCCCAACAUGCAGCAGAAGAAACCCAGGAUAGUGGUGAAUCCGGCAGAAAACUUGCCUCUGAAUGGCAACAGCACAGUGCCAGCGUCUGUGUCAGACCACAAGGGUUACCAGACCCUCAAUGACAACUACAUCUGCAGCACACCGCCGCACGAGUGCUCGUCACCAGACAACAGCAAGAGCUUCUCGGAGUCCGAAAAGAGGCCUCUGAACUUGAAGGAGAGCACUGUAGAGAUCUCGCCCAUCUGCCCGCGGCCUCGGGUGAGACUGGGCUCAGAGAUCAAAGACUCCAUUGUGUGAGGACGGCUUUGAUAAACUUGAGCAGGAGAUAAAACCCUAAUGUGGAGUGACUAACUAUUAGCCGUAAGGAAAGAGGGACUUAAAAUAAAAUAAAAACACAAAAGGAAGGAACACUGAAAAACGUUAACUUCUUUGCAGAGGGACAUUUCAUUACACUGCUUUUGCACUUUUGUUUUUUUUAUUUAGUCCCUGUGGUCAGUUCUUUUCCUUAUUGUCACUCCUCUUUCUCUGGUGCACCUGAAGCACAAUGAAGAGGAAGCUGAUACAGAUUGCCUUCAGACUACUGAAACUGUGGAAUGAUGCUUAUGGUGGACAUUGGACACAUACAGCUGAUAUUGUCCUUCUUAACAGUUUUUAUAUGUUGUUUUUAUGCAUUGCCACUCAGUCCGUCCAAAUGUUCUGUUGGCCUUGCGUUGAAAGUAGAGAGAUACUCUGUGGGUCCACAGCUGACCCUUAACUCUCCCACCUACAUCCACAGUUAGUGUGCGCUUAGCCCUGCACUGAGACAUUCGACAGACUCAGUGCAUGGAGGAUAGUAGAAUAACAAACAACCUCUAAUUCAAACACUAUAGUAAGUAGAUCAUUAGGCCUUUCACUGAUGACUUAGUUAUAACAGCAGUCUAAGAGCUAUUAAUUCAAAGUAGUUUAAACUGUGGAUAGACCUCAAUGCAGCAUAACCAGACAUACAUUAGAAUGGAAUCCACUGGUCAAGAGAGGGCUGAACAUCCCAGAGAGACAUGGAGAGGAACCAAUGAGGAAGGAAUUAAAGAGGUAGGGACCAACUGGCAUGAGGUGUGGAAAAAGAGCACACAACAGAAUAACAGAAUACUGGAGAGGUGUUAUUGUCGAGGUCCUCUGCUCUGCUCCACCAGGAAUUUACAGGAUUAAGUCAAGACUUGAAUGACUAACAUGUCUUGUGAUGGAGGAUAGAGAAAAAACAACACUAUCCCCUCAAAUGGAGAGUGGUGUGUACAUCCCAAGGAAUUGGAGGAUAUGGUGCCUAAAUUGUGUUCGAUUGACAUUCAUUGGGUUGAAGUGUACCCCUGACAUUGGGGAAGACCCUAGACCAGGUAUUAACAUAUUAUUCAUUAUGGAGCCGACAGACUAUGCAAAGCACAUAAUGUAAAGUGGGGUGCAAGGUCACACCAAAAGAGAAUCUCAUCUUGAGACUGUGCAGGCGCAUAUAGUGGC